GGAAGAGACGCGGCGGUUUAGUUCAAAUUUUGCAAGGAAAAAAUAAGUAGCCAAUGGAGGGAAGUUGCAUUUAGAUUUAGUGCAGUUUUCCACAUGAGCUGAAGAUGGAGCAGUUGAAUCUAGGAAAUGAGGGAAGAAAAUCUUCCAGAAGGAGGUUGUCAUCAAUUUUAAAAGCUCCUCGGACAUCUAUGAGAGUACCCGAACAAGAGGAGCAACAGGAGGAGGUCACCAAGCCUAUUGAGAAGAAUAGAAAUUCACGGCGAGUGAGUUUUGCAGCUACGAAAAAUGUCCGCGUUUUUUCGAACGAUGCAAAGAGUGAAUCUCCCAUUCUGGCGUCUGUUCCGAACACAGCUGUCGGAGAUUGCAGACCAGAGGAAAAGAUUCUGAAUUUUGUUGAAGAGGGACAUCACCACAUCAAAGGCCUGGACACUUUGUUAAACAAUCCUCUUUAUGUAUCCCAGCAUCUGGGCAGGGAGAACUUCUUCUCAGAUCCCGUCCUGCAAGAUGACUGUGUGGAUAAAACAAUUUUGCUUGGAGAAGAGACUGGAUACAUGGAUAUGACACACAGCCACACAAUCACAAUUGAUCAGGAUAAUGAAAUCAAACAGGUCAUCGGGGAUGCAGCACAGAUCAUCGGGGAUCAGAGUGUUGCCGGUCAGAAGCGCAUGUCAUGUUGCACAAAAGUCGAGACUAAAAAUCCAAACAUGGACUCAGACUUUAAUGCUUUUCUUGCUAGUAUAUCGCUACCCACUGUAAAAACUAUUGUACCCUCAUCUUCUAAAAAAGAGCUUGCCGAUACAAACACAUCGGAAAUUGACAAGGAGAAUCACUUGCCAUCGUUUUUAAUGCAACAAGUUCAGCAUUCCAUCACCAAAGUUAACCCACAACAACCAAGGGGACUUCAACGUAGACGUUCCCGUGUUGCAUUUUCUGAAGACGAUACUGUGGAAGUGACCACAAGUCACACUGCCGUUAUCGAAAACAGAAGUAAUGCUCAGCCUGUUUUGUCUUUUGUUUCUGGAAAUAAUGGUAUUGCUUCAACACCGAUGUUUUCACAUGAUGAUAGCAUGGAGCUCACUCAAAGCCAGACUGCCGCUAUCACUGUUAACCUCACAGGAAAUAAUCAGUCGGCUCUGGAUCACAACAGAUCCCAUUAUUUCUCAGAGAACGAUGAUGCAAUGGAGAUGACAGGAAUGUUUGAUGUAUCCUGUCGAGAAAAGGAACACGCAAUCAGUAUGAAAGAAGAAACUUCAAUUUCCAAAGCAAGCAAAAUAUCCCCUUUCAAUGUGGCUGGAAAUGGAGAGAUAAUGGAUCGAAACAAACCAGGACAUUUUCAAAGCAAUCUCACAAUAGCCCAACCUGCUAAUUCUGAUGAUAUGGAGAUGACAGAGACUUUAGAUGUAUCUUUUCAAGAAAAAGAGAAUACAGCCAGUGUGAAAAACGAAAGUCUGUUUUUAUGUCCCAAAAUAAGCAAGAAGUCCUCCUUUAAAGGGAUUGGAAAUGGUGUAAUAGUGGAUCAAAACAAAUCUGGUCAUCUUUCAGUAGCUCAAGGUGCUAAUUAUGAUGAAAUGGAUAUGACACAGUGCCAAACUAUUGUUAUUGAGUCCGAACAGUUCAAUGGAGAGAAGUCAUUGAUUAACUCGAGGAGUUUGUCUAAUGUAUCCAUGUCUAGUUCUGUUCGGGAUAAAGAACAUACAGCCAGUAUAACAGAGGGAGCUUUGCUUCAAAUUCACAGACCAAGUAAGAUGUCCUCCAUUAGAAAUGAAGAGAUAAUGGCUCAAAACAAAUCUGGCAAUCUCUCAAUAACCCAACCUGCUUAUUCUGAUGAUAUGGAGUUGACCGAGGCCUUAGAAGUGUCUGUCCAAGAAAAUGAAUAUACAUUCAGUAAGAUGGAGAAAAUAUCACUUCCGUUUUCCCAAAUAAGCAAAAAGUCUUCAUUUGAUGUGACUGGAAAUGCCGAGAUAAUGGUUGAAAAUAGAUCUUGCCGUCUUCCAAUCCCCCAGACCGAUCAUUUUGAUGAUAUGGAGAUGACACGGUGUCAAACUAUCGUUUUCGAGGCCAAACAGUUUAGUGCAGACAAACAGUUAAGCAACUCAAGAAAGAGUAUGCCUCAUGCAUCCAUAUCAAGUUCUGUUCAAGAUGAAGAUUUGGAAAGGGAAGCUCUGCUUCAAAUUCACAAACCAGGUAAGAUGUCCUCUAUUGAUGUGUUUAGAAAUGAAGAGAGAAUGAGUUUAAACGAAUCGAGCAAUUUCUCAAUAGCCCAGACUGCUGAUUCUGAUGAUAUGGAGAUGACAGAGGCAUUAGAAGUGUAUGUUCAAGAAGGAGAAUACACAGCCAGUGCUUAUCCAUAUCCACAAAUAAGCAAGAACUCAGCUAUUGAUGUGUUUAGAAAUGAAGAGAGAACGAGUUUAAACGAAUCGAGCAAUUUCUCAAUAGCCCAGACUGCUGAUUCUGACGAUAUGGAGAUGACAGAGGCAUUAGAAGUGUAUGUUCAAGAAGGAGAAUACACAGCCAGUGCUUAUCCAUAUCCACAAAUAAGCAAGAACUCAUCUAUUAAUGUGACUGGAAACGGGAAGAUUGUGGACCAAACCAAAUCUGCCAAGAAUUUCUCAAACCUUGAUGAUAUGGAAAUGACACAAUGUCAGACUGUCGUGCUUGAGGCUGAAAAUUACGAGAGGGUCAAACCGUUGGGUAAAUCAAGGAAUAGUUUGAACCUUGUAAGUUCAUUGUCCAGACCUGAUGUUGACGGAGUGGAAAUGACCCAGGCAUUCACUGGCAAUAUCAUGUGGAAGAGCCUCAUAUCCACUGAGAAAAGGAAGACUGACGGAAAUCUGUUGCCUUCAGCACAAAUUUAUCCACAGCCGGAACCGUCUGACUGCACGGACGUAAUGCAUCAAGCCAGUAGUUUAGGUAUAGAUGAUGAAAUGGAAUUUACAGGUUGCAAUACGAUUGCAAUUGACACACAAGGAACUUUGGCAGGCACUGGUGCAAAGAUCAAAGCAACUGAAAGUGCACUUUGGGCAUCAACAUCUGUUUCUUGCCCAGGAUCAAGUGAAGAACAGAAUGAGGUGUCUGAAGCUGCCAAGAGUGGUAUUAACCAUGAAGUCUACAACUCAAAACAUAUCCCAUUCUCUUCAAAGUCAGAUCUUGAUAAUAGCGGACUCAAAUGCACUAAUGUGUCAAAGUCGUACACAGCAGCUGACAUGCAAGUGGACGGAAAUUCCAAUUCAAUGACCACAGGAUCUGUUGAUGAAGACAACAACAUGCAGGUUACAAAAGUCAUCACAAUGCCCAUCGAAACACAAGAAAAUAUUACAUUUAAUCAGAGACAAGCAACGAAUGUGGAGACCUCCAGGAAUGAAGAGAAAGUAGCAGAGGGUCCGGAGCAGAGCUCAAACUCGGUCCAACUUGAACUUUCCUCAACUGAGUCUGUUGCAGAUUCCUUUACUAAAGAAGAGCUACGACAUGCAAAAUCAAGACGGAGAAGUUUGGUAGACUUUCAGAUGGAGCUUCAAAAUAUGUCACGCCGUCUUAAAGAAGAGGUAUUGAAGGUAGCAACUGCGCCUUUGCCCUCAUGUUCACUUCCGGAGAUGUCUCAUAAGGGUAAAGAGCAAUGUGAAACUGCCAUUUCUACAGAGCCGGCGUCAAUUGUUACACCUAACGUCAAACAGAAAGAUAAAUCUUUUCAAAAUGACAAGACCACACCAUUCAGUCUUAGAAAGCAUCCUUUCUUAUCAAGGGUUUCAUUCAGUGGCGUUAUGCCGAAACUUCCCAAGAGAGCUACGGCUAUAACUCCGAACAAGACCGUGACCCCAAGUACUCGCGAUUUGCAGUGUUUUUCUGUGGAGAAACAUUUGGAUAUCAAGCAGAACAGCAACUGCGAAACAGUCAACAUCAACGAUGAGGAAUUUCCCGAGAUGAACAGCGAAGAGGAUUUGUCAGGAAGUCUUGAAAAUUGGCCGAUUCACAAAGAAGAGGAACGAGUGGAUUCUUCGGCUGCACUUAUGGAUGAGGAGCUCUUAGAGAAUGAUGUCUUUGAACCAGACGUGAACACCAGUCAGGCUUUGAAAAGACUGUAUCUUGAAGAAACCAAUGUUACAGCGGAACCAAACAAGAAAGCAUACAUCUCUGACAUGGGGUCUGACUGUCAUGAAGCUGGCGUACAGUGGGAAGGUAAUUUUACAAGUCACGCCGCUCAGAAUCGCAGCGCAAAGACAAGAGAAGAUACAGGAGUUUAUGAAUCCACUCUCAGAAGCUCCCACUAUGAAUCUCAUGUAGAUGGGACGUCGGAUUACAAAUUUGAUUUCAACAAGAAACUUGAGGACGGAAGCAUCACCGUGAAGGAGUUCCUGAGCCACUUCGGUAUCAACUUCUUCAUCCAUAAAUCUAGACCAAGUGCUCUUCCUGAAAGUUGCAGAGCGGGAGAGACUCGCACCAUGGAGGAUGUACUGAAGGUGAAAUACAUACAUCACCCUAAGCAGAGAGUGUAUGAGCAAGAUUGUAAAGAGCUUACGGAAAUGGUGGAAAGACUUAAAGAACAAGUCCCUGAACAAGAAAAGUCCCUGAAAUGCAUCAACGGAGCCCUUCAGCGGGAGAUAUGUACACUCACAAAAGAGCAGCUUAAAAGCUUUGGCACCGCGUUGAAAGCGCGGAGAGUUUACUUUGGAAAAAGAAACAAAGCACUGUCUCACGAAAUGAAGGGAGUCUUGUACUCUCAGUUCAUCAAAACAACACAGGAUUCAAAACAACAGCUCAUGGCUAAAAUCAAGGAGACAGAUGAAAUGAUGGAAGACUUAAAUGGAUGCAUCAAUGGUUUAGAGACUGAACUUGCAGCACUAGAUGCUGCGAUGGUGGGAAACAAUCACAACUCUUCCCAAAUCAGGCCAGACUUGAAAGCAAAGGAAGAUGAUUUACACAAGCUUAAUUUAGCUUUGACUGAGAAGGAGAGGGGAAUUGAUGAGCUACAGAUUCAACUGAAGACCUUUGAGGGCCAAGAGCAGAAGCUGCGAGAGGAAUGCAGCGGCUUUAAGAGUCAUCUUGCAACUUUAAACAGUUUGAAUGAGUGGCGUCUGGAUGAGACGGAUGAAAGAGGAGCUUUGUUUACUUUCCUUCACAACACUGUGCACCUGCAGGUGAAGCUACAAACACCUGCUGGGAAGGAAUGGAUGACUGAGGAUGUAGAGCGGAAUAUGGACGCAUCACUCCAUUUGAGGCUGAAUCUGGAAAAGUCUGAGUGUCAUGCCAGCAUGGUUCACAGAUUGCUCGCACUGCACAAUAAGUCUCAAGCUCAUUGGAUGCAAAAGUACACCACAACUAGACAUAUACCAGAGCUGCUUCAUGGUGUCAGUUUGCUGGUGGGUCGUCUCCGACUUUUGGGUGAGGAGAUUCAUCGACUGAAGAAGUCGGGAGGACUGAGGCUUUGCAUUCGACAGAUCACUUGUGUGGACACGCAAAUCCAUAUCAUGUUCUCAAGCCUGAAAGCAUUUGAAAAGUUUGAGUUAAGUCUGUUGGUCACCCCUGACUAUCCUUUUGGACCACUACAAAUACAGAACUUCAGAAGUCACAUCGGCAACACCAGGUUGAGCCAAAUUGAAGACAUUAUGUCAUCUGUCAGACCAGGCGAGAACUAUCUGACAAACGUCCUCAAGAACAUUCACAGUGAUCUCCUGUGCUAGGAUCUCAAACCUUCUGUAUUUACUCCCUCCACCCUUCUGUUCAUUUAAAUCUUUGUAUAUUCGUGUUUGUAUGUUCAAAUAUCCAAUAAAAGAAU